UCUCUAGUCCUGCACAUCCAUGUCUCAAGCUUCUAGCAGCAGCUAUGGGGGGAGGGUGAAGAGGGUCUUGUGCCCUAACUGUCAUGUGCUUGCCAACCGUUUCAUUUCAAGGACAGAGAAGAACCCUAACCGUGCUUUUCACAAGUGUCCGUAUUAUGCAGUUGGUGGUUGCAGAUACUAUCAGUGGGAGGAUGAAAUGGUGGACUUUGAAGUGCAGACCCAAACAACCCCUGCUCCCCUACAUGCAGUUCCCCUACAGGCAGUAAUCCCUGGUGCUGAUCAAGUAGCCAUGUAUCAAGAAGGAUCCCAGGCUGUUGGAGUUGUAGGCAAUGCAGUAGUGGAAAAUAGGGGCGACAAUAGGGUUAUGCAGCAGCUUAGGUGGAUUGAGAAGCUUAUCUAUGUAUGCAUUUUCAUGGCUUUGUAUGCUAUAAUGAAGAAGUAGAUGCUGCAUAUGUAUGUUGUAUGAACA